AGUAUCGAACAUCUGAUUCUUCUGUAUCCCCUGAAACAAAUCAUAAUAGUGAACAGAUAAACUUACGAUGUGAAGACACUCCCGCAUCUGAUAUAACUGGUGAUACUUCAAAUUCCGACAUAUGUCAGGGGACAAAGAUUCAGCUGGAGAAAUUCAUGGUAGAAGUUUCUAAAAACUCUAGCUCGUCUAUUAAUAAUAGCAAUGCAGACAGUAAUGUGAUACCCACAACCCAGAAUGAAACAGAAGAGUCAAAGACUCGAUGCUUCGCAUCAUCUCAACCCAGCAAUAUUAGCUUCACAUUUUUAUACGAAAAACUUUGUAAUGCUAUAAUUUUCGCUGACCGUAAAACCCAAGAAGCAAUCUUCUGUUAUGAAAAACAAGUUGAUCCGGAAUCUAAUGCAGUUAGUAGAAUUUUAAAUAAGGAAGUUCGCGCUCAGCUCCCUGCAAAUAUUUCCGACGCGCUUUUAUGGAAGAGAAUCGAAAAAGCUAAAAAGCUCUACAAACUUUUCAGUAUAAUAGAUAACGUAACAUUUGAUUAUAGUAUUAAGAUAGAACCCACCCUAAAAUCCGAAUUCCCUGAACCGAGUUCAGGAAGUGAUCAGCAAAUUUCUUGCGAAAAAGAAAAUAAAGAUUCAGAAUUUUUGGAAACAGAGGUAAGCACUACAUUCAUUCCCUCUGUCCCAUUGUUUCAUACCUCCAAUUCGGAAGAUAUGAUGAGUGAGGAUAACAAAUCUUUACCGGAGGAAGAGGUAAGCAUAUCUACUGGAGCAAUUUCAAAGGAUAAACCAGAAACUGUAAAUGAGGAUAAUAAUAUAAGCGAGAAAGCCGAAUAUUUACUGGAGGAAGAGGAAAAUAAGGAUUUGAAAUAUCAUAUAUUCUAUCUUGAGUUAGCCAAUACAAGAAAUUCUGUCUCUGUGUACAGACAUGUGAGAGAACGUGGAGACAUUCAACUUUGGAAAAUUGAGGAGGAUAUCACACCACUAGAAGAGGCUGUAAAUGAUGUAUUUAAUCAAUAUCGUAAUGCUCCUGCUCAAGGAUUAAGUGAAAUUAAUGUAAACCAACCAUUUUGUAAGAAUGUUGUGAGUGAAAUCGUAAAUCAGGUAGAAAGAAAUGACUUACUUGUAGUUGGAGAUAAUGGCGGCCGGAGAGAAGAUGAAGUUUUUCCUGAUAUCAUAAUUGUUCCUGUCGGUUUCUACGCAAAAUUGACAAAAAACCCACCUGAUUUAUCAAAGGGUUUGGGUUGGGAA